AUGAAGAAAACGUUUGAAUAUGAUGAUAAACUACCAGCAUUGCCCUUGCCAACACUAGAACAUACACUUGAACGUUAUCUUGACUCAUUUCGAUUGUCGUAUCUUUCAAAAUGGUGGGAUGAAGAAAUCUAUUUAAAAUGGCGUUUACCCAUCGCACCAACGAUCAGUAUGACGGGUUUUAAUUGUUUAGUACCACCUGAAGCCGACUCACAACUAACACGGACAUGUGUACAUAUGUAUGCGUGUGCUCUUGUUUUCGAAACAAUACGCGAAGAACGUUAUCCAACAUCGUACGUGGGGAAACAUCCAUUGACCAUGCAUCAAUAUAAGCAUUUUUUUAAUACAUGUCGAAUUCCACAUAAAGGAUGUGACGAAUUAAUGAGCGUAUUUCGAACUGUUUCGGAAGAUCCACAAAGACCACCAACUCAUGUUGUUGUAAUGAGAAAUGGUCAUAUGUUCAUGUUUGAUUUAUAUGAAUCGAAUAAACUUCUUACGCCACCUGAAAUCCUCAAACGACUCGAAGAUAUUGUUCAACAAAGCGAUCAAAGUCCUGGACUUGGCUUAGGCGCUCUUACUGCAUUACCACGAGAUGAAUGGGCAGAAGUACGAGAUCAUUUAUAUGAAAUGAAUGAACAAAAUAAAAUCAAUUUUCAACGUAUCGAACAAGCUUUACUUGUUUACGGAUUUGAUAAUGAGAAUGCUGAAAACUUAACAGAGCUUGCUUGUAUUGGCUUGUUGAAAAAUCCGCAGUCCCGUUGGUUUGAUCGAUCGAACGUUUAUAUCGUCACACGCAAUGGUCUUAUUGUAGCAAAUGAUGAACAUUCGGCUUAUGAAGGUAGUAUUCCAAUACAUAUUGGUGAUUAUAUACAAAAUCAUAUAGAUACUCUUGAAAAAAUCGAUUCAUGGCCAAUACCAUCGGAUCCCGAUAAUAAAAUCAUAGUUCAUGAACUUUUAUUCAUCUAUGAUUCGCAUGUACUGAAUGUUAUUAAUCACGCAAUUAAUUUAUUUCAUCAAUCGGCAGAGAAUAUCGACAUUUUUGUCACUAAUGUAAAUCAAUGUACAAAAGAAGAUAUUAAACAAUAUGUUCGUAUUCAUCCGGAUACUUAUUUUCAAUUGUGUCUUCAACUUGCUUAUUUUAAACUACAUGGUAAUAAACCUGCGUCAACCUAUGAAACAGCAUCAACACGACGUUUUUAUCGUGGAAGAACGGAAACCGUGCGAACUUGUUCACCAGAAGUAGUUGCAUGGUGUCGUGCAAUGGAGAGUGAAAGACGAAAAUUAUUUCUUAUUGCUGCUAAUCGUCAUCAAGAAUUAAUGGCCGCAGCAUCGGAAAAUCAAGGUUGUGAUCGCUAUUUAUUUGCAUUAAGUAUGAUGGCAACUUUAACAGGAAAACCAUUCGAACUUAUCAAUGAUCCAUCAUGGAUAAAAAGUGGUGGAAGUGGUAAUUUUAUUUUAUCAACAAGUUGUCUUGGUUUUACUUUGUCCGUAGGUGGAACACCACCGAUGUGUUUAAAUGGUUACGGAGUUUUCUAUCGGCUUGGUAGUGAUGCAAUAACAUUUUCGGUCAGUGCUUAUCGAAAUAGUACGAUUACAGAUGCACAAGCAUUGGCGCAUACAAUUGAACGUACUUUAAUUGAAGUUAAAAUGUUAUUUAUGCUAUCAAAUUUGUAA